GCGAUUCUUCAAACAGUCAGAUCUAUUUUUUUCUCCCAGCCCUAAACCCUAAUAAUAACAAGUAUUAAACGUUGAGCGAGCUCCAUAACGAUAUAGUCCAUAUUCCUUAGAGAUUGUGGUUCAAUUCUAUUGAGUGCUGUAAUUAGCGGCUGACCACUAACUGCAUUACCCAGCAACUUUCCAACGCACCCCGCAAAAACUAACCAAAGAGACCACAAGUGUUAGUGUGUUCGUGGUUAACCUGCUACCCUCUCAUACAAAGGCGAGGUAUUUUUAACUUUUAUUAGUACAUGAAUGGAUUCCUUUUCUAUUACAGAUUGGGAUUUGUUUCUUCACACAGAUGGAUUUUUGCCACUAUCUUGUUGUCCUCUUUAUCAUAAAAGCUUGAUUCUUUACACAGAGCAAUUCGAUUGCUUUCCCUUGUAAUCCUUCAGUUUCAUCACAUCGGUUUUUAUUGAUAUAAAGUGAAUCAUAUUCUAGCAAGGAUUGGGUUCGGAGUGUGGAACUUUUGAUCAUGAAACCAUUCACUGAUAAUGCAGAUCAUCCCAACAUCGAGGGGAAAUUUGCUGCAAUUGUUGUUUGUUGGAUUCUUGGCAACGGAUGUCUCUUCGCGUGGAAUAGUAUGCUCACAAUAGAAGAUUACUAUGUCCACCUCUUCCCGAAAUAUCAUCCCUCGAGAGUCUUGACGCUCGUGUAUCAACCAUGUGCACUUACAACAAUUGUCAUUCUUGCAUCCAGAGAAGCCAAGAUCAACACUAGGAACAGAAACUUGGUUGGCUAUGCACUUUUCUUCCUAAGCUCUCUUGCAGUUCUAGUCUUGGAUUUGGCCACAUCAGGUAAAGGAGGCCUAGUAGCUUUCGUAGGAAUAUGUAUCGUAAGUGGGUUAUUUGGAGUUGCAGAUGCUCAUGUCCAAGGUGGAAUGAUUGGAGAUCUCUCCUUCAUGCAUCCUCAGUUCAUUCAGUCAUUCCUUGCAGGCCUAGCAGCAUCAGGUGCACUAACCUCGGCACUAAGGCUGAUCACUAAAGCAGCGUUCGAGAAUACUAAGAACGGUCUUCGCAAGGGAGCCCUUCUGUUCUUCGCCAUCUCGUCGUUUUUCGAGCUUAUAUGCGUCGUUCUUUACGCGUUUGUCUUCCCUAAACUUCCUGUGGUGAAGUACUAUCGUGCAAAGGCAGCCACUGAAGGGUCCAAGACGGUUUGUGCUGACCUUGCUGCUGGUGGACUCCAAACAUUACCCGACCAAGAAGCAGUCGAACGAGCUAAAUACGAGACCCGAUUCAGCAACAAGGAGCUAUUGAAGCAGAAUGCUGACUAUGCGGUGGAUAUCUUUCUGAUCUAUGCAUUGACACUGUCGAUUUUUCCCGGAUUCUUGUCCGAAGACACUGGAUCACAUAGUUUGGGAACAUGGUAUGCGCUUGUUCUGAUUGCAAUGUACAAUGUCUGGGAUCUCGUUGGGAGGUACAUUCCUCUCCUGAAGUUCAUGAAAUUAGAGUCUCGAAAAGGUCUGGCCGCGGCAGUCGUGUCUAGAUUCGUGCUAGUUCCGGCGUUCUACUUCACUACCAAGUAUGGCGACCAAGGCUGGAUGAUAUUCCUAACGUCUGUGCUGGGUUUGACAAAUGGCUACCUUACUGUCUGUGUCCUUACAGCCGCACCAAAAGGCUACAAGGGACCGGAGCAAAAUGCAUUGGGGAAUUUGCUGGUGGUGUUUCUGCUAGCAGGUAUAGUCGCAGGUGUUACUCUUGACUGGCUGUGGCUCAUAGGGAAAGGAUGGUGAGAAGUGAGGGGAAAUACAAGUUUAGGUGGAUAGAUAUUAUAAUGGAGUUGAUAGAGUGAUGGUUUGUAUUGUGUCUGUAAGUGUAAGGCAACAAAUGGUAAGUGAUUCCUGGGGUUGCUUAAAAUUUUGGUCACAGUUCUGUAUAGAAUCUGCUCAUACAUGAGCAAUAUACAUCAUGCAUGAGAAUUCAUGUUGGUGGGUAGGGUAAUAGCAAGAACUUCAGAGGAGAAAUCUCUCCCAAAUGUUUCUAUAUGUAUCAUUGCAGCAGUCCCUUAACGGGCUUUUCAUGGUAAUAUAUGGAUCGUAUUAUU